CGCGACGCGCGUCGACCUCGCGACGCGUGCGCGCGGACGCGCGAGCGCGCGGACGCGGACGAUUCGUCGAGCGACGUCCGACGCGACGCGACGCCCCGAGCGAGGCCGCGAAGCGCCGCGUCGCGCGACCGGAACGCCGCCCGCCUCCGGUCGGUGAUAAUUGCGAGCGAUGGCGCGCGAAGACGGCGCGCGACGCAAGGAACGCAAGGACGAGCGCACGGUGGCGAUGGAGAAGAUGGUGAUGGAACUCGCGGCGGCGGCGGCGGUGGUGGAUGGGAAUAAAACGUCGGUGAGCGAACGGGCGAGCGGGGCAAGCGGCGGGAGCAGCCUGACGAGGGCGCCGGACGCGGAGCGAGAGCGCGAGGAGGGACAAGCGUUGACGUUGGACGCGUUGGUGAUGGCGAGCGCUGGAUCGAAUAAAAGAGCGAAGAGCGCGGGCGUUAAAGUGGCGAAACGGAAGAAGAUGGAAGAUAAGGGGGAGCGAAGGUGGUAUUGUUGCUCGUGCAAGCAGACGCUGACGCCGGAACACUUCGAUCCGAAUUUGGAGACGUGUCGGUUGUGCUUGGCGAAACGUCGAGCGAAAGAUCGGGCGAAGAAACGACUUCGAGGGCUUCAGCUCAAGCAUCACUUGUUGAGUGCGGAUGAGAAAGAUGUGGCGGCGUUUUUGUUGGGAGUGUAUCAUCCGGCGCUCACGCAGCAAGGGCCGCGAUCUUCAUCUUUUAACUCCAUACAGAUGAACGUGCAACGAGCGUCGAUGGAAGUGAGCGCAUUCGUAGAGGACUUCCGCAGCUUCCUCGAGGACAAGCCCAAGGAACAAGCGGACAGAUUGGUCCGCACGUUUUUGGGUUUGGACGAUGCUGGAGAAAGGCUCACACCUCAUCAAGUGAUCAACGAGAAGGGUUCCGCGAAGAGGAAUACGAUGUCAUCCAAAGCGAAUAGCGCAAAGGCGACGCACAACUAUCGCGCCCCAGCUUCAUCGAUGGGUGGCCGGCAAGAGUUGACGAAGAGCCUGGACACCGUAUACGAUAAGUACGACGCGCUAUUGAAAAACACCAGCGAUGAUCAAACGUGGGUUCGUUUCGCGGCGGAGAACGAGCAGGACACUGAUCUGGAUGCUGAGAAGGUCAACUAUUCCGCACCGAUACAUGAAUCAGCUGCCGAAACCGGCACAAACGAGAAGGAUGACGUGUACAGCGCCAUCAUGCACGGCGCGGAUCCCACCGUCAGUCAUUACCUGUAUCAAUUCUUGUUCAUGAAUCAGCCGACAAUCGGAGGCGAACACAGCACGAUGGUCGUGGAGAGUGAUCUCCCACAGCUUACGGGCCAGCUUCCAUUGCGCGCAGUCGAUAGCCUUUCGGAAGGGUCCAGCUUAAAUGGUGCGACUAAUGUGAGCUCGGAAUCGGACAACGUGUACAACACCUUGGAUGAAGAGGAGCUGAACGGCAACGCAUACGCGUUCAAGGGCUCGCUCGUGAUGGGUUGGAUUGGAGGCGCUCGUGAUGGAAAGAGAGAACUGCUAGCGAAAGAGAACGGUAUCCUUCCGGACGAUAUGCACCCGCAAGCUGUGUUUAGCCAUGGAAGACUGUUCGACGCGCGCACGCCUGGGAAGUUGGUUCCUCUCACCGAGACGGAGAACUUACACGGGUUUUCAGAAGAUCUUGCGAUUUUCCCCGUCAAGGAUUCUUCGUCUGACAUCGUUCGCAUUCAUAUUCCGCCGGGAUCUUUCAGCGAGGAGCUCGGUGUGAGAGCGUUGCACGAUGGUCACUACAUCGAUUCUGAACUUCGCCACAGGCGCAACGGCGGAGCCGAGGUGAUCCUAUACCCGAACGGUAGAGACGAUCGAGAGCGCAACGCAAUCGUUAUCCUCGGUGCUGUUCAUUUACAAUGUUUCGUUCGUAGCGGUACGGCGAAACAGAUGCCUAUCGGUUGCAACAUCCCAGCGCUCUUCAUACCGAGCCAAGCGCACGCGAAAGAGAUUAGCGAUGGCGUAGAGCACAUUGCGCAAGUCAAGGGUACGAAAGCGGCCCGGCAGUUUUUGUCUUCGCUCGCGUACGUACUUGUGCACGGCGAACCAAAGAGCGCUAAGUUUGAGUUUGUCGUCGAAAUGGCGCACAUCCUCGCGCUCACGAGAACUUUGGAUCUGCUCGAGCGAUUGGCGAUGUUGGCAAAGUCGUCGCUAUCGAGCGAUGAUUCAGACACUUCUAUCUCCGAAGUAGCGAGAUUAGAAGUCUAUAAGCCCUCGGAUAAUUUCUGGCAACACGCCGGUCAUACCGACUCUUUUCUUGGAAUCCUCCUUUGUCUUGUUGCGGGAUUUAUCCGUCUUAUCGCUUCGGCUGUGAGCGGAGCGCGACUGAAUUAUGGAUUCUAUGCCACGCUCUUGGCCGCGGCCGCGCUUUCGGCAACGAACCCGAAGACCCGUGUAGACAUCAAAAGCAUUGCCUUCAACAUGCUUUUUAUCUGGGCACACGCAGCAUCCAUGCACUCAGAUGAUCUGACCAAUCAAAUGACGUCUUACGGCAAGGCGCUGGUCAUCACGCUUGCGCUCUCGGCACUGAACGCCUCGCAUUCGCGCAUGAGCAGCUCGUCAAGCUUUGUGUUACCACAGCUCGCCUUUGCCGGAAGUGGCUAUAACCCACACACCAUUUUCCGCUUUAUGAAGCAAGCGUUGCCUCAGGACGGAAGUAUACCACAAAACGCGCUGCGAGCGCACGCCUGGACCGUUCACAUCAGUUGCGCACUGCUGGCACCCGCGAUCCUCAUCUCUUGUAUUUCGCAACUUCCAGGUGCACGAGUUCGCUCAAAAUCUAAGCUUGCGUGA